GUGUCUCCCUGAUCUCAUUCCCCAUCGUCCUUUCAUUACCGACCCAUUUUAUUUUAACACUCUCUCUCUCUCCCUCUUCAUACAUUUUACCCGUUACUCUCUCUCUCUCUCCAUCUUCAUUCUCUUCUUCUUCUUCACUAUUUUCUCAGUUAUCGUGACCUUAUCCCAACCCUUUUCUGUUGCGAAGGUGCUUCUGGGCUGUUGUCAGAUCAAUCCACAACCCUCAAUUGUUGGGAUUCAUAUAAAGUCUAUGCUUUCACUCAAAUGCUUUAAGUGCCUGCAAUCUCUUUUUGUCUUAUCCGUUGCAAAGGGAGGCUUUCCUUGCUGCUGGUGUUUUGGCUCUUCCUGUAUCAUGGAUGGUAUUCAUGGGGGUGAUUCUCGGAUACACAUAACUGAUGGACAGCAUCCUAUACACGUGCCAUAUGUGCAAGAACACGAGCAUCAUGGACUCCACCAUAUAAGCAAUGGGAAUGGGAUAGAUGAUGAUCAUAAUGAUGGUGGUGAUACUAACUGUGGUGGAAGUGAGAGUAUGGAAGGUGAAGUCCCCUCCAACCAUGGAAAUCUCCCUGACAAUCAUGCUGUAAUGAUGGAUCAAGGGGGUGAUUCUGGGGAUCAGCUUACGUUGUCUUUUCAGGGCCAGGUUUAUGUCUUUGACUCCGUGUCACCAGAAAAGGUUCAAGCUGUACUACUGUUACUGGGAGGCCGCGAAAUACCUCCAACUAUGCCUGCCAUGCCAGUAUCUCCUAACCAUAAUAACCGGGGAUAUACUGGUACUCCGCAAAAAUUCAGUGUCCCUCAGAGAUUAGCUUCAUUGAUUAGGUUUCGUGAAAAGCGGAAGGAACGAAAUUAUGACAAAAAAAUUCGCUAUACUGUUCGUAAAGAAGUAGCAUUAAGGAUGCAAAGAAAUAAAGGUCAGUUUACAUCUUCCAAGUCCAAUAAUGAUGAAUCUGCAUCAAAUGCCACAAAUUGGGGGAUGGAUGAAAACUGGACAGCAGACAAUAGUGGAUCCCAGCAGCAAGAUAUUGUUUGUAGGCACUGUGGCAUCAGUGAGAAGAGUACACCAAUGAUGCGACGCGGGCCUGAAGGGCCAAGGACCCUCUGCAAUGCUUGUGGUCUUAUGUGGGCAAAUAAGUCUUUUGUUUGAAGGAAUGUGAUAAGAACCUUGGGAGAAUCAUAUUAUAAAAGCUAGCUGUUGUAAUUGGAGCCCGAAACUUUAUAAACCUCACACGACAAUCUCAUCCUUCCAAUGUGGAACUUGAGCCCCAUUCUUUGCAAUUGAAUCCUUACAAUUUACAUCUCGCCAUGCUCUGCAACCUUGGCGUUCAUGGGUGUUGACUGUGCAUUAGCCUUUUGACUAGUCCCGGUAAAAUACUGCAAAGCUGACAUCACCACCUGUGCUCCUCGUUUGCAGCUGAGAGAAAUGGUGGAAAGCUCUGAUAUCAAUUGAUAAGAAUCUUGAGAAAACUAUAUCACAAAAGCUAUAACCAUUGUAGUUGCAGAGACCAGUGCCUUAUAUUUCCCAUUUGAGGCUAAAGUCUCAUACCUUGCAAUCAGAUCCAAACAGAAUGUUGUGAAGUUUUAUUGUCUUUAGCUCAAUGCCUUACAUCAUGUGUAUUUAAUCACAUGAAUUUAGGUAUCUUGAAUCUGUUAAUGUAACUCUGCAUGAAAGAAAAAUAUAUAAAAAGCUUUGAGAAGAAAACAAAAAUAAUACAUGCAAGCUUUGUAAUGAAUGGUUUGAGUUUUGACAAUCCCUUUGAGAGUUACCUGAGGGAGACCAGCAUAGAUAAUAGAUUCUAUCCUUGUGGGGUAUAAACCAUGUUUUACAAGUUCACGCACUAGUCUUUAUCGGGUUUUAAGGAAAAUAUAAAAGAUUAAUUGCAAUUCUUUUCUUCAGUGUUAUCACUAAAAUGAAGUCAAAGAAAUUACAGCACAAUCAGUAACUUUCUCUAAAAUAUCUGACCGAUUUACUAUCUUUGAAAUCGAUUUAAAUUCAGUAGGAUUCUAGUUCUAUCAUGCAUGUUGCACUCGUUCCCUUAAUAUAGUUCCAAGCUUCUUAUUUUAUUUCAAGAAAGUACUAUCAGGUACAUUUCAGCAAAAAAUUUAUGCCUUAUUUUGAUUUAGUUUGUUGU